AUGCGUUUUCAGGUACUCACCGCGGUUGCUACGCUGGUAGGCUCUUCAACCUGCCAGACCCUUUGGUCUCGGGAUGUCGACUACAAGACCCUUAGCAAAGAGCUCUCCAGCUCUGCCAAGGUGUACUUCCCAGGCUCGGAUGACUUCAAGGCUGCGUCUAAUCGUUGGUCUAACCUUGGCCUGCCGACUAUCAACAUUGUUGUUGUUCCCAGCACGGAGGAAGAUGUUGUGAAGACAGUUCAAUUCGCCAAUAAGAAGAAGCUUCCUUUCUUGGCAUACAACAGUGCCCAUGGAGCAAUUACCACUAUUGGAAAGAUGACCCAGGGCAUUGAGAUCUAUCUCGAUCAGCUCAACGAUGUCAAGAUCUCCAAGGAUGGAAAGAGUGUCACCAUUUCCGGUGGAACCAAGUCUAAAAAGGUGACCCAGACGCUAUGGGCGUCAAACAAGCAGACUGUCACUGGUUGCUGUGAAUGCGUCGGCUAUGUCGGCCCAGCCCUGGGCGGUGGUCAUGGUUGGCUCCAAGGUCGUCACGGCCUUAUUGCUGAUCAGUUCGAGUCGAUGAACAUUGUUCUCGCAAACGGUACUCUUGCUACCAUUGACUCCAAGUCAGAGCUGUGGUGGGGUCUCAAGGGAGCUGGCCACAACUUCGGCAUCGUCACCUCUGUUACAUCCAAGAUCUACGAUGUCAAGUACAAGAACUGGGCUUUUGAGAUUAUGACCUUUAAGGGCGACAAGGUUGAGGAGCUUUACGAUACUACCAACAAGUAUAUCCUCAAAGAUGGCAAGCAGCCCACUGACCUCAUCAACUGGUCUUACUGGUUCAACAUUCCUAGUGUUGACGCUACUGGGCCUAUCGUCCAGAUCCUCUUCAUGCAAGAGGGUGUCGAGGCUGUUGACUCCGCCUAUACAUCUCCCUUCCAAAAACUCAACCCCAUCUCCGUAGACAAAAAGAAGGGUGCCUACACAGACUUGGCCACGUGGGUUGGUGUCACCACAACCGACGGACCUUGCCAGAAGAACGGAGCCAUGAACCCGCGAUUCCCUCUUUACCUUGAGAAUUUUAACGCGACUGCCCAGAAAGAAGCCUUCAACUUCUUCGCGGAGAGCAUGCGUGUUAACACAGCCUUCAACAACUCCCUGGUCACCUUUGACGGAUAUACCCAGGAGGGAGUCAGGUCCAUCGACUCCAAGAGCACUGCCUUUGCGUACCGUGACCAGAACAUUCUCGUCGGACCUUUGAUCACUUACACGCCUGGCGGUGCUGAUCUAGAUGCCAAGGCUGCAAAGGUUGGUAAGCAGAUCCGACAGCUUCUGCACCAGGGAACAGGCCGUAAGCAUAUUCCCACAUAUGUCAACUAUGCCUUUGGAGAUGAGGGUCCCAAGGAGUGGUAUGGUGGUGAGAGCUGGAGACAAGAUCGCCUGCAGAGCCUGAAGAACGCGUAUGAUCCUGAGGGCAUGUUCAGCUUCUAUGCACCUAUCAUUUAG